AUGCGCACAGCGAAUCGCUUGGCCAUCUUGCAGGACGUGCGAAGACUGGCUAUCGUCGAGGAGGAGAUACCCAAGCCUGCAGACGGAGAGGUACUGGUGCGCAUCACCCAUGCCGGGUUAUGCGGAUCGGACUUGCAUUACUUUCGCCAUGGAGGCUUGGGAUCAUUCAAGACACCAAUGCCGAUGUAUAUGGGCCACGAGCCAGCUGGCGUUAUCGCAGAUGCGAACAAGUGUCCGGGCUGGGCAGUUGGAGACCGCGUAGCAGUGGUCCCUAACUGCCCAUACCUUGGUUCGAAAAUGUCCAUGAGAGGAAAGCAGCACCUCUGUGAAUGCGGCACCUUCAUGGGUGCUGGGAAGACCCGGGGCUGCUUUGCGGACUUUGUGUGCGUCAGCGCAGUUCAGCUCGUGCGAGUUCCUUCGCACGUGCCUCUCGAGCUGGCCAUGAUGACCGAGCCACUCUCUGUGGCUCUGCAUUCGCUGAAGUUGAGCCAAACCGCGAUUUUGGACGCGGUGGAUGGCGAUGUUUGCAUCUUCGGUGCUGGUGCCAUCGGGCUGUGCCACCUGCUGUUGUUGAAGCACGUGGGAGCCCGAAGUGUGCACAUCGUGGAGCCUUUGGAAAGACGAAGGGAAGUGGCUCUCCGGCUUGGAGCCAGCAGCGCUCACCCUAGCGAGGGCUGCGCUGCAGGGCUCAAGGCCAGACUAGGCAAAAGUGGCUGCGAACUGGUCUUCGAUUGUGCCGGCACAGAGCAGAGCUUUCAGGCCGCCCUGCAGGUUGCAUCCAGCGCUGCUUUGGUCGUGCUCGUCGGGAUCCCGGAGGUGGACCACCUGCCCUACAAUCCGCAUGUGGCUCGCACGAAGGAGCUGACAAUCCUCAAUGUGCGCCGUGCCAACCAGACUUUGGCAACUUGCCUCGAGCUGCUCUCGACAUCAGCCCAGCUGCGGGAAGGCUGCUUGACGAUGCUAACGCACCAAAUGCCCCUUUCGAGCAUCCAGUCGGCGUUUGAGAUGGCAUCAUCGUACCAAGAUGGUGCGAUCAAAAUUGCAUUGCUGCCGGAGGUCAAACGGCAUAAUUUGAAGCGCGUGGGCCUCAUCGGCGGGACUGCACACAGCGUGGAGUAUUUCAGGCAGCUUCAGGCAACUCAGGGGAUCGAGCUGGUCCUGGUUGCAGUGGAUGAGAUCGACUCAGCUGUGAAGUGGCCUCAUGUCGUCGAGCACCGAAAAAAGCUGUCCGACCUCUGCAGCGAGCAGAAAGUGCGACAUCUUCUUCUGGAUUCAUUGACAGAGAUCCCGACUGGUGUGGAGGAGCUUGGCCUGGACUUGCUGAUAGAUGCUGGCUGUCAUCUGCAAGUCGAUGCGCCUCGUGCCAUCUUGUCCGAAGCAUUGGCGCCGGACGGCAUUCGCGUGACGACAGCGCUGGCACUGCCCUGCGCUUCGAUGGCUUGUGCCUUGCUCGGGGGCGGCCCCGUGGGCAUAACAAGCUUCAUUACCGAGGACACUUUGGUGGACAUAUGCGAAGUGCAAACGAGUGCCUGCUCCGGAUGGGAGACAAUAGAGACGCUAUCUGCAGCUGCCGCACGCCGUCUGCCGGGGUGGAUCCAAGCUUUGCAAACAGGUGACUAUGACAUGUCUAUGCUGGGCGUGUGGCGCUCUUCGCGAAGGUGCUGGAAAACGUCAGGAGCCGCCGUGCCCGUGCAUCCGAACGAGGGCUGGGUGUCCUGGCACUGGCGGAGCAGCUUCCUGCAACGCUUCGCCCGCUCUCAGCAACUGGAACCGCAUGCCCAAGCCACACGCCUCUGCCGGGAAGACGGCCAGGAGGUGAGAUUCACGGUGUUGCAGGUGCACGCCGUGGAAAAGUUCCUCACAGCCAGGGAACGGCUGCAGCGCUUCGCAUCGGCUCUGCCCGGUGAGGUGCUUUGUGUGGAUGGAGACUGCGCGUGGGUCCGAGGUGCAGAUGCUGAAAUCCAGUGUCAGCUCUCCGACACGCUGUGCAAAGGAGAGGUGUUACGAUCCAUCGGAGAUAGGGGUGCGCAUGGCAUUCCCAUCGACUUCUCCGGUGAGCUGUGGCUGCCAAGUCUGCCGACGAUCACUGAUGGCGUAUCAGUUUCGCCGACGCCACCUGAACGGCAUGCUGAAGGUGGUGUCGAGGCAUGCUCCACCCCCCGAAAUGUGCCGAUGUUCCGUUUGGACUUCGAGUCAGACUUUGUGGAUGCUUUUGCCGCCGGAGCACGGGACAUUCUUUGCAGUGGGCGGCCACUGAGCGAGAAUGUAUUCACCAGGAAGUUCGAGGCGGCUUUUUCCAAGUUGGUGCAUGCACCGUUUGCAUUGGCAACCACGUCUGGAACUGUAGCCCUGGACAUUGCCAUGCGAGCUGUUGGGGUCGCUGGCAAGGUCGCAGUUAUCCCCAGCAACACAUUUUUCGCCACUCAAGUAGCUGCCUCCAAUGCUGGGGCGGUCUUGGAAUGGGUUGAGAUUGAGCCAGAAUACAUGCAGGAUGCGGCCCAUGCUCACACUGCUGUCUCGGACACAGAGCAUGCAGGCUCGGUUUUCCUUGCAGAGCUUAGCCGGUGCCCGGGCAGCUCUGCAGAGGUGAUGACAGCUGGUGAGGAUAAGAACCCAACGGAGGAAGCGCAGGCGAAGUUCAUCGAGCUCAGCGAGGCCUACAGCGCACUGUCAGGAUCCGCCAGCCGGGGCAAGUCCGUCCCUCGCAGCAGGGAGCGGACCAAAAAGUCUUUCGGACGUAAUGUGCAUCUGGCGGAGGCCUUGAAAAUUUUCGCCGCGUCCGUUGGCUUGUCGAAUGAGCUCGGCGAGAUUGAGUGGGCUGCUGUGGAGACGAAGGUCUCAGAGAUGCUUUCUCAAGCUGCCGAGUCCGUCGAACAAGCUCUUCGUCAACGUUAUCUUCAUGCAAAUGGUGCCAUCAGGUGGCAGCAGGUGUUGGGAGAUACUGCUGUUGCUGGAGCAGCAGCACUCAUGGCAGCAUUCGGCAGAGACAGCCAGGAUGAACUCUGA